AAUAUAAAAAAAAGGGGACCACAAACGGUCACUUAUGAGCUUUACCACAAAAAAAAAAAAAUCAUCAUAAAACAAACACCACAAGUUGGGACAUGGAGCCAAAAAAACAUUAAAACACACACACCCACAGUGUCUUCCUUUACUUAAUACAUCACCGUUGCUUAAAACGCAACCAAACGGCUUCGUUCACUUCAAACCAACAUGAGAUACAUAACUGUUCUUCUCUCCUUCUUCGUCAUUACCAAUGCCUCUGCAAUGGCUCCCUCGGACCGAGCUGGUCUGGAAGCCAUUAGGGACUCUCUAACCGAAAUUCCCGGUUCCUCCUCCUUCUCCUCCUGGGAUUUUACUGUUUCCGAGCCUUGUUCCUCUUUCUCUGGCGUCACCUGCUCUCUCGGGCGAGUCACAACGUUAUCCCUUGGCCCGGGUCUCUCGGGUUCUCUCUCUCCUGCUCUCUCCAAUCUAACCCGGUUAACCCAACUCAUCCUUUUGCCCGGUUUAGUCACUGGCCCGGUUCCUCCUGAGCUCGGUUCUCUCACCUUUCUCCGUGUCAUUUCCUUGACCAGAAACCGUUUAACCGGGUCUAUACCGGUAUCUUUCUCAGCUCUUGUACAUUUGCAUACACUUGACUUGAGUUACAAUGAGUUAACCGGUGUUAUCCCUCCUCGCCUCACUCGCUUGCCACGGCUGAAAGUCCUUGUUCUGGCCGGGAACCAUCUUUCCGGCACCCUUGGCCCUUUCUCGAACCGUUUGUUCCACUUGGACCUCAAGAUGAACAGGAUCUCGGGCAUGCUUCCUCGUUUCUUUCCCAACACUCUACGAUACUUGUCGGUUUCAGACAACUCCAUGCGUGGUUCCGUUGAAGUGUUGGAGUCGCUCACCGAGUUACGGUACCUCGAUCUCAGUAUGAACAAGUUCACCGGGACCAUUCCCAUCUCGAUCUUCGGCCCUGCCACCUCAUCUGUGCUUCUCCAACGGAACAAAUUCACGGAGAUCGGAGCUGUAACGCCGUUUUCAUCAUCACCGUCCUUUGCUAAGGGAUCUGUAGUUGAUCUGAGCCACAAUUCUCUGGCAGGAGAGUUAUCUCGCGAACUGGCCGGAGCCGAGAAUCUGUUCUUGAACAGCAACCUUCUCACGGGGGAAGUGCCAGUCGAUUACUUGGAUAGCCUCGUCAACGGCACCAUCAAGACAUUGUAUCUGCAGAAUAACUAUUUCAAGGAAUUUCCGAUGCGUCCCGGCGUCAAACUCCCCGGUUCGGUGUCCGUAUGCUUGUCCUAUAACUGCAUGUCGGUUCCGUCUGGUCUGUCUCCAUGUCCACACGACAGAACCCCUCUCGGCUCGAGGCCUGCCUCGCAAUGCUUUAGCUUCAGCAAUCGCAGCAGUUCCAAGGUUUAAUUUGUUCACAUUAAUGUAUUAAUUUGUUCGUACAGAAAUCGUAUUCAAGAGGCGGAUUCUAACAAGAUAGAUACGUGUUUUUCUUUAUGAACUGAUAAAUUAUUUGAGUUCAGUUUCACGGCCUUAUCCAAAUGAUCAUCAUGGCUUUAUCCGAACUUGUAAAUUAGCCGUUGGUGUCGGCAUAUUUGGCGUGUUCUAAUCAAUUAGAAGACAAAACCCCGGUCAUGUGGUCCCCACUUGC